UUGCAAAUGCAAUGUCGUCUAUCGCGAACGAACGCAGCCAGACAACAGAGAUCAGCUGUUGGUCUUUAUGUUGAAGGUUAGGUAACCAACCUACUUAUGAUGGUGUCGUUUUGAUACCUUAUAAAACGAAAGACUUGCGGUCGUCACUUAACGACAGACAUGAACCCCAAGUUUGGACGCGUUCAGGAAUUUAUGAAAAGAAACAUGGUAAUGUUGGUCAUGGUUCCUAUAAUAAUUGGAUUUCAUGUUGGAUGGCAAAAACUACAAAGUAAUGAAAUGUUUGUUCCCAAGAAACAGAAAAGGGAUCUGCCAGUGAUUGAGGGAGCAAGAUACUUGGAAGAAGAAUUGAAAUCUUCUCUAGGAUUGAAGAAAGAGUAACCAGGCAGUUUUAACCAUUUGUACAUACAACUUAGUUUAGUUUUCAGCAUGUCUGGUGGAAUUCUUCGAGAGGAACGGGUGAAUGGUGUGUACUGUCAUAGUUUACUGAACUUGUCUUUUGCUUCUAUGUUGGCGCAGUACAGAAAACUAUUGUUUUCUGCCUAUGGUCCAAAAGGAGGUACACUUUUAAUUACUAAUUCUGUGGGAAGAAGUACUCUAGCAUCAUCUUCAGUUGAUAUUACAAAACAAUUGUCAUUUGGUCAUCCUUGUGCAAAGUACAUCAAUGCGCUGAUUUCUGCUCAAAAUGCAUCUUGUGGUCUAAGUGGUCUAUACACUGGCAUCCUUUGUGUGCGACUUCUAGAAGAAGCUCUUUGUUGUGAAGGUAACACACCCCACUAUGCAAUUGCAGAUGUUUGUGAAUGGAUAAUAGACCAGCUUCUGACUCAGAUGGCUCAGUUUCCUGAUCAAGUAGUAAUAGAUAUAGAUAUUGGAGACAUACAACAGGUGUCAUCCUUUGUCAAAACUAUUUUGGGCUCAAAAACGAACUUAAAUCUCCCUAAAGCAGAAAUGGACAACUUGAGCAUUCAGAUUGUUAGAGCUUUUUUGAAGAGCAUUCCAGAUGAAGGUUUGACAACCAAAUUUGGUCAUGUGAAUGUGUUGCAAGAAGGCCCUCCAGGAUCAGAUGCUCGAGUUUUUGAGGGAUUACUCUAUAGGGAACCUGAGUUUGAUACAAAUCUAUCAAAAAAAAUUGCCCAGCUGCCCAAAGUUAUCAAUAUUUUACUUUUUGCAGUUCCAUUGUCACCUGAUGUGGAAAAAACAUCUUUACUGUGGACAGGCACUUAUUCAAAAGAGGAAGCCUUUAUCAGUAACUUGGUUGUCUGUCUUUUGUCCAUUUUAAGGGACAAAAAUGUUCAUGUGCUUGCAAAUCAGAAAUACAUCCAUCCUGCUAUCAAGUUUGAAUUAGAACGUAAAGGUUGCAUAGUACUGGAAAGACUUGGAACAAUAGCCACAGAUUCUUUGAUGAAACUCAGUGGUUGUCAAGCUAUUACAAAUGUGAGUAAUUUAAAACAAGAGGGAAGUAAUGCUGUCUUGGGAAAGUUAUCAUCCAUGCAAUAUGUCAGACUACGAGGGAAAAAUUAUUUGCUCUUGAAACAGGAUUCAAGUUGCCUAUCUACUCUCUUGCUCCCCGAAGUUAGUCCUACCACUGAAGGGACUUUGAAGGAGGUUACAGAAAGCUGCCUUGCUGCCCUGAAGAUGGCUGUUGUAGAUGGGAAAGUUGUUGCUGGUGGUGGAUGUUUAGAGACCUGGCUAGCAACUCAAGUGAUCCAUAUGGUGAAAGUGAAUAUGGAUUGCCUUGCAUCCAUGGCAGAAGUCCCGAGUCAUCACAUUGUCAGAGUUGGCAAUGCCUUUGUUCGAGUGUUCAUGGAACUCGCCAUCCAAGUAGCAGGCGGCUCAUCAACAACAAAAUUUGACUGGUGUGUUGAUUCUGUCUUUCACCACCUAUGGUAUUCUCAGGAAUGCCUGGCAAAUGGAGAAUCUCCUCAAGAGAGCUUUACUGAGCAGAAACUGCACAAAUGUGUGUGUGGCUUGUUGACAGAUGAAACCAUCAAAAGCAAAUAUGGUGGUUAUUGGUAUGACUUGGAUUUCCAGAUGAAUCAGAAUGUUCUUCAGGGGUCACCAGAGUCCACUUGUUUUUGUGAAUCAUUGAUGCAAUUGGAUAAUACAGAGGGAGAGACAUUUUACCAUGACUCAGAAUUACAAACAGAAGAUCCCGAUGUUGGCAUUGACAAUGACAGCUUAGAAGAGAAAGUUGCCAUUGAAGAUGAUGUUGAUAGUUUGGAGAAGACUUUAAAUAGCCUGGAAGAAGAAGGUGAUAGCUUAGAGGGAAGACUAGAAAGUUUAGAUGAUGAUGUGGAUAGCUUAGAAGAUGUAUUGGAUAAAAUGGUGGAUCAAGUACACACAAAACAUAAUCCAAAAAUUAUAUUCAAUUCUCAAAUCCCAGAUGUGUUAUACGACAGUUACCUUGCAAAGUAUAAUGCUAUGCGUCUUGCCCUGGAAGGUUUCACCCAGUUGUUUCAAGUAGGUUACUGUGUGUAUGACUAGCAAUUUUAUUGUAUGAACUAUAGGCAAUUCUCUAAUUGUGUUAGAAAUUUUUUAUAAAUGUAUUUCAAUGAAUAGUAUGUGAAUGGCCAUGCAUGUUAUUGAGAGAUGUACAGUAAUAAAAUAAUUUCUAAA